GUUUACUCGCUUAUCCAAGCCGCCUUAUUUUUCAAGGUUAUCGAAGAAUGGCUCCUGUAACGCAGCACAACAUAGCCUUCGGCGAUGAGGUGGAACGCAUCCCAGGGACAGUUCACCUCAUCGACUGCGAGGGUAAUCUACACUCUAAACAUGGUGACGGAGCCGAGCAGGAUAUUGUUCUGGUACCGGCGCCGUCGGCUCACCCAGACGACCCUCUCAACUGGUCCCGGCGCCGAAAGUACCUCUCAGCAUUCUGCAUGUCUGUUUACGUUCUCGUGGUUGGCAUCUGUUCCUCUGCGCUAUACUCGACCCUAGAUCCUCUAUCGAAGGCCACUGGUCUCUCCUAUAAUGAUCUCAACUCUGGGACUGGCUACAUGUUCCUUUUCUUCGGUUGGGGAUGCGUCCUCUGGCAGGCAAUUGGCAUUCAGUACGGCAAGAGGCCGGUAUAUCUCAUCAGUCUUGCCGGCACUCUGGGCGUCAUGGUGUGGCAGCCACAUAUCCGGACCAACGGCGAAUGGAUUGCAGCCAAAAUCCUGCAGGGCACAUUUGGUGCACCUAUGGAAUCGCUUGCAGAGAUCACUAUCUCGGACGUGUUCUUCACUCAUGAAAGAGGUAGCUACAUGGCCUUGUAUGCGCUCGCCCUGGGCUACAGCAACGGCAUCGCGCCCUUGAUCAUGGGCUUUAUCAACGCUGGCCAGGGGUACCAGUGGGUAUUUUAUUGGUGUGCCAUUUUCUGCGGUGCUGCCUUCGUCAUCGUCUUCUUUUUCAUGGAGGAGACCAAGUUCGACCGGGGCGCCUACAUGGACGAUACCCACAACAUCCAGGCUCAGCAGGAUAGCAAGGCCAACGACGAGGACCCGAAAGCGCUGGAAAGCCAAGAUAGCCACUGCGGGGAUGCCAAGGGAAACAACAACGAUGCCAACAGCGACCCGUCCAUUCGUGACUCGGGCCCGACCAUGCCCACUGAUGACGCCAGCCAGAGGAAGAAGAAGUCGUACAUGGCCCGGCUGAAGCCCAUCGAAAGCCAGGGGUUCCACCGCAGGAACAACCUCCUCCGCCUCAUGGGCCGUCCCAUACUGCUGCUGAGUUUCCCCAUCAUCGCCUAUGCAGGCUUCUGCUACGGCUGCAACAUCGUGUGGCUGUCGGUGCUCAACGCGACCGAGUCCAUGGUCCUGUCAGCUGCUCCCUAUAGCAUGUCCACCUCCAUCGUGGGCCUGACCUUCAUCGCUCCGUUGGUCGGAACCAGCCUCGCCUGUCUAUACACGGGCGUCUUCGGCGACCGUUUCAUCCUGUACAAGGUGCGGCGCAACAAGGGGUUCAUGGAGGCUGAGCACCGACUGUGGCUGUUCCUGCCGUCGCUGUUGCUCAUCCCCUUCGGGUGCAUCCUGUGGGGCGUCGGUGCCCAGCACCACGUCCACUGGUUCGGCCUCGUGUUCGCCAUGGGGGUCAUCUCCUUCAUCACCACCGCCGGCUCGCAGAUCUCCAUCGCCUACUGCAUCGACUGCUACCGCGACCUCGGGAGCGAGGCCUUGGCGUCGGUUAUCAUCGUCCGGAACACCAUGUCCUUCGGGAUCGGUUAUGGCGUCACCCCGUGGGUCGUCAACAUGGGCUACCAGAACGCCUUCAUCCUCGGCGCCUUUGCCGGCCUGGCCCACACCCUGACCAUCUUCCCCAUAAUCCGUUGGGGUCGGUACCUAAGACAGCGCAGCGCCGACAGGUACUGGUCUUACGUGAGGAGGGGCGCCGACCUAGACAUCAAUCACUAGGUAGAAUGGCAGAGGCCUUGAUCUUGGCUAGCAUAUCCUUUUUGGAAAUGCCAUCAAGUGCGGUCUGGGGAGGAAAGGGUCUACGGGACGGGGUUUGGAGGCAACAUCGCUGGGAAGAAGCAGAUUCUUAUUCUUUUGUCAGGUCUGCGAGACUCACUUGGAGUCAUCGUCUCGACAAGUAGACCACGACUUUUCCUUUUCUUCCUCUUUACGCUCGAGCUCGACCAC